AUGGAGUUUCCAUUUGAUGUUGCUGGUUUGCUCGGUGCUCCAGCUGGGCGCGAGGGGCCGCUUGUUGGGCUCGUAGAUGAAAGCCAUCUCCGAGCUGAUAGCGGGAUGUUGUCCACUGUUUUAGAGGAAAUGGGGAAACGCUCAGCAGCCGCACAGGGCUUGCGAAAGCCGGUCACGUCUGGUGCCUUCCUGGGAGAUCAGCGUGUGUACCUUCUCGCCCAAGGGAAAACAGCUCUUGGAGUGUUGAAGGUUGGCCGGAAGCGGCUUUUUGUUGAGGCUCCCUUCAGAAGUUGCGAGCUGGCAGAUGUGCGGAAUAGCUUCCAGGAGAUUGAGCCAUUGUGCACCUUGGACUUCUACGUGCACGAAAAGUGCCAGCGUUCCGGCUUUGGUCACCAGCUCUUUAGUGCGAUGCUCCAACUUGAAGAGAUCGCUCCCGAGCAGAUGGGCUACGACCGACCGUCCCCGAAGCUGCUGGCCUUCCUGCAGAAGCACCAUGGGCUCUGCAAGCACAAGCCUCAAAACAACAACUUCGUGGUCUUCGAUGCCUUUUGGGACGACGUCUUCAAGUCGGAUAUUCGAGGACGUUCUGGGUACACACCGGCAACGUGCAGGCAGAGCGCAAGCCACAGGCAGCCCUCGGCGGGAAGAGGCGUCACAAGUGAACGAAAGAACGUCCUUUCCUCCGGGCCAGCCAUGGACCAUCAGCGGCAUCGCCGAACGGCUGCACCGAUCUUCUAG